AUGUCUUCACCAAUUAUAGUAUUGAUCAAAGCUGUCUACAGCGAUGAUAUCUCCAACAAAGUUCUCAUACAAAUGGCAUUCAGCCAGGCCAAGGCGAUUGGGUAUGGACGUAUACUUGCAGCCGUGUUGGGAUCAGCAACAGUUGCAGUUUCUUCAUUCAUUAGAAUCCCUCAGAUAAGAAAGCUUCUUAUUAAAUCUGAAAAAUCCCGCAUUUCCGUAGCUGAAGGAUUAUCCUUGGACGGAUUGGGACUUGAAACUGUCAAUUAUUUAAUCCAUGCUGUAUUCAAUGCACAGAACAAAGUUCCGUUCAUCAAUUAUGGUGAGAGUUUAUUACUAGGCAUACAAAAUGCCAUUAUUAUCCUAUUGGCCAAGUUUUACCGGUUGAGAGCUUAUGGAGAAAUUGACGAUUUCUCGAAUUUGGACUGUAAACAAAAGGUACAAGCAGUCGCCAAGUCAAAGGUUGCUAAUACUUUGGCUAUUAUGGUUGCAGCCACUGUGUUCUUCACCAAAAUUGCUCCACCGCAAUUAAUCUCCGCCUUGCAGAUUUUGAAUAUUCCAUUCUCCGUCAUUGCUAAACUUCCUCAAAUCCGUCAGAAUUAUAAAUUGAAAACUGCUAGUCAUUUGUCGGAAACUGUUUUGACUGCGAAUGUCAUUGGUUCUUUGAUUAGAGUUUAUACUUCAUUCACUGACUACUCCCUUAAGUCGAAGAGAAGAAAGGAUACUUCUAAUGAAAAGAUUCUAGUUGCAGGUUAUACUGCUUCUUUGGUGAUGAAUUCUACAUUAUUCGGACAAGCUAUUGUCUAUGACAAACUUAACAAAGACACCGAACCUACAGAGGAUAAGGAUAAGAAGAAGAAUGAAUAA